ACUCUUGUUGCCGGAAAGUUAAUACCAAACUUGGAACGUUUGUGAUAAUCCAGCUAAAUCAAAUAUGUCGUCAGAUGUCGAUACACUCAUGGAAAUGGGAUUUUCGAGGAACAAAGCGCAAAGGGCCUUAGCUAAAACCAAUUAUAAGGGAGUUCAGUUAGCUAUGGAUUGGUUGUUUGCCCAUGAAGGAGAUGCAGACAUUGAUGAACCUUUCGAAGCUCCCAAGGGAAAUAUUCUUGGUCAAACAGAAGAGCCCCCCUGCCCCUCCCACAACUGCAGGGGGAGAGGGUCCGCAACCCCAAGAUGGAGAAACUAUGGAGGCCAAGUCACUCAAGUGUGAUGAAUGUGGCAAGUUGCUGAAGUCAGGUUUGGACGCCCAGGCCCAUGCAGCUCGCACACAGCAUGCCAGCUUUUCUGAAAGCACAGAGGAGAUCAAACCACUCACAGAGGAGGAGAAAAAACAAAAGCUACAGGAUCUACAGGACAGAUUGAAGCAGCGACGUCUGGCAAAGGAGGAGGAAGAAAAGAAGGAACAGAUCGCCAGGGAGAAGGCUCGUCGCACCACAAACAAGGAACUGGGUCUGGCCAAGCAGAAGAUUGAGGAAGAGGAGAUAAAGAAGAUAGCAGAACAAAGAAGGCGAGAGAAAAUGGAAGAGAAGCAGGCCAGAGAGCGUGUGAGACAGCAGAUAGCCAAGGACAAAGCUGACAGGGCUGCCAAGUUUGGCAAGACCAGCCAGGAAUCUACACCAGCAGCAGCGUCACCCCCUGCUGCCACACAGACAACCACCGCAGCAGCAGCCCCCAAGGAGUAUGACACCUGCAGGCUACAGAUCCGCCUGACCAAUGGCCAGGCACUGACCCAAACCUUCAAGGCCAAGGAACCUCUUGCUGCAGUGCGUCUGUACAUCGAGAUGAACCGGUCCGACGGCGCUGGACCCUUCUCCCUCAUGACAUCAUUCCCCCGCAAGGUCUUCUCUAGUGACGACAUGGAGAAGCCGCUAGAUACAUUAGGUUUGGUGCCAUCAGCUGUUUUGAUGGUCACAAAGACACAGUGAUAAGACUGUCCACAAGCAAUCAUGUGGAGCAGAAGCAUUGGUUUUAGUGGUAUAUGUUAUUAAGGCAUCUUUUGAACAACAUUGUCAAGUUCCAGCCUUGAGGCAGGAUGCAAAGUGUGUGCUCAAGAACUGACUUGUGUUUCUCAGGGGAGACUGCUUGGUGAACUGCAACACAGGAGGCGGAAUAUAGUCACCCAGCUGAUUUCCACAGCUGUCUUACUGAAGCUGUUCAAUAAUGGAAUGGUACAUCUUACAGUGUAGUAUUAUACAUUCUAUGAUAUUUAGAAGUUAAUGAGUUUGACACAAUUGUUGUCAUAGAAGUAACUUAUGAAGGUUUGUGUGUCCAUCUUUGUCAAGAUGAUUAUUGAUCAGUUAUGUGAGGCAAAUACAAAAGUAGAAAGGAUAGUUGUUAUUCUUACAAAUCAUGUUCAUAAUAUUGUUAUUUUGUAAAACAACACUGUAAUUAUUACUUUGAUCACAGAUACACCACCAGUUUGUUUUUAUGAAAGUGGAAACAAAUCAGUCUGGCAUUUCUCUGCAGACUUGAUAACUCACAAGGAAGUGAAUGUUGCUUUGUGUCAUGGUCAGUAAUAUUCCAUCUGUAUGAUGGAGGCCUAUAAUAGUCAACCCUGAUACCACCAAAUAGACAGUAGAUGGUGUGAUCAACAACCCAUGCUGCCACGGUACAGAGAAGAGAAUGUCGUCAUGGUGACCUGUAAUAGUCAACCCUGAUACCACCAAACAGACAGUAGAUGGUGUGAUCAACAACCCAUGCUGCCACGGUACAGAGAAGAGAAUGUCGUCAUGGUGACCACAUGAUCCUCUAUGAGCCAGUGUAGGCUCCUGCAUCAAGAAAUACUGAGAAUAUUCUCUGGAGGAAUACCCAGUCAGUAACCAAAGAAAAUGAAAUGGGUGUUCGCUGAAUAUUUGUGUUUGUUUGCAUUAUUUCAUGUCCAUAACAUAAGUCUUAACAGAUUGAAUGGUCAAUAACCUGUGGAGUUCUGAUGAUGUGUUUUUCAUCAUCUAUGUGUUAAAUAAGUAGAGCCUGUCCAGUGUUUGUCAAAUUGUUCUUAAUUUUGCUUCCUGUCGGAUUACAUUUUGGAAAUCGUCAACCUGUGCUUGUUGUGUCAGUGAAUGGGUUGCCUUCCUCUAACAUCAAACUGAUUCAUCAUCAUCUCAUUGAUUCACAGUUCAAAGCAGAUUAAAACCAAUCUCAUUUAAUGAAUUUAGUGACUGGGGUUUAUUGAGGGUCAUCAUGACCUGACAGCGUAGAUUAUUGAGGGUCAUCAUGACCUGACAGCAUAGAUUAUUGAGGGUCAUCAUGACCUGACAGCAUAGAUUAUUGAGGGUCAUCAUGACCUGACAGCAUAGAUUAUUGAGGGUCAUCAUGACCUGACAGCAUAGAUUAUUGAGGGUUAUCAUGACCUGACAGCAUAGAUUAUUGAGGGUCAUCAUGACCUGACAGCAUAGAUUAUUGCUCAUGAUAUGAGUCACUGGUCCAGACUUGACUGUUGCAGAGUGCUACAUUUCACAACAAUAAUCUUAUCUUUGUCUUUUAUUCUCAUCAACAUGCUCCAGAUUUGCACUGUACAGAUUAUGAGGUCAAGUAGAUUUCUCUAAAAUGUAGUAACUUGAUAUGCAACUUGUGAGAAAUUAACUUGCAGGCUAGUCGGAAUUGGUUCCUGGUGUCUGUUAAUGCUGUAAUCUAUGGUUAGUCUGCAUUGUUACCUGUCACAUUCAUGUGCGAAAUGGCUUCCAAAGUUUGCUAGCCAGUCGGGCUUGCUAAGCCUGAAUGUUACUAGACCUCAAAAUAAUUCACUAGCCCGCUAUUUGAAUGUAGAAACUAAGCAAAA